AGUUGGUUUGAUCCUGCUUGGCUGCUGAAGAAAGAAAGAAAGAUGUUUGCUGAGUCAGCUGCUCUGCCGCCGACUAACUAACUACACAUUUACUGCCGACUAACUAACUACACCUUUACUGCCAACUAACUAACUACACCUUCAUUACACCUUGUGUGCGGAAUAACUCCACCUUUGUAGCAAAGAGGUGUAAGAAGAAGUCUGAAAUCUCCUCUUUGUGUGAAGAUGUCUGCCCUGCUCUUCACCCUCCUCUUCAUCACCUGCCAGGAUGCCUCGUCUGCUGCAUCACGGCGCUGUGAGGACCGGCUGGCCACGCCACUUCCCUACAGCUCCUUCAGCAGCUCCUCAGUCUUAGCACCGGACUACGGAGCUGGUUACGCCAAACUCAACCGGAACCAAGGUGCUGGAGGCUGGUCGCCCUCGGACACGGACCCUUACCUGUGGCUCCAGGUGGACCUGGGCGCCAGGAAGCAGCUUGUUGCCAUAGCGACGCAGGGUCGAUACGGCAGCUCGGACUGGACCAGCGGAUACCAGCUGGUGUACAGCGACACCCAGAGGAACUGGAGGCCUUACCUGCAGGACGGAAACAUCUGGAUGUUUGAGGGUAACGUGAACAGUGAGGAUGUAGUUCGCCAUCAGCUCCAACACAACAUCCUGGCUCGCUACAUCCGCUUAGUCCCUCGCCACAAGAGUCAGUCAGGACGUGUGGCUCUACGUCUGGAACUGUACGGCUGUUCCUACUGGUCUGACGUGCUGAGUUUCGACGGCCACGGCGUCCUCUCCCACCGCUUCAGAAGCAAGAAGAUGAAGCUGGUCAAGGACGUCGUGGCGCUGAAGUUUCGAAGCACAGCCGGCGACGGCGUGCUGCUGCACGGCGAAGGACAGCAAGGUGAUUACAUCUCCUUGGAGCUCCGCAGGGCCAGACUGCAGCUCAGCAUCAACCUGGGAAGUAACCAGUACGGGUCCAUACAAGGCCACACCUCAGUGACCGCUGGUAGUCUACUGGAUGACGACCACUGGCACUCAGUGGUCAUUGAACGAUAUCGACGCAGCGUCAACUUCACCCUGGAUCAUCGCCUCCACCACUUCAGGACCAACGGAGACUUCAGACACCUGGACCUGGACUAUGAGAUCACCUUCGGGGGGUUGCCUCCCUCCCCCAAGUCCGGCUGGAGAGGCCAGCACAACUUUGUGGGCUGCAUGGAGGCCAUCAGCUACAACGGGGACAACAUCACACACCUGGUCCGCCGGGGCCGAGUGGACACCUCCACCUUUAGAAACUUGACCUUCUCAUGCGCCGAGUCGGACUCCUUCCCGGUGUUGUUCAACUCCUCGUCCUUCCUGCGCCUGGCGGGUCAGAGCUCCAGCGACACCUUGUCUGUCAGUCUGUCCUUCAGGAGCUGGAACCCCAGUGGACUGCUGUGGUUCACCAGGCUGGCGGAGGGCUGGGUGGAGGUGUGUCUGACGGAGGGCAAGGUGGGCGUGUACUUCAACGUGACGCAGAAGAAGAACGCACACAUGGACAUCUCAUCAGGUUCCGGUCUGAACGACGGGCAGUGGCACAGUGUGCACCUGAACGCGCUGGAGAACUACGCCAUGUUGACGCUGGACGGGGACGAGGCGUCCACCGUCAGGACCGCCAUUCCUGUCCAGAUCAUGACGGGAGGAACCUACUACUUUGGAGGUUACUUCCCACCAGGGGGCGCUCACAUCCACCAGCGGCCCUUCCAAGGCUGCAUGCAGAUGAUCCACAUCGACGACCACUUGGUGGACCUGAGGGCCGUGGAACAAGGUGUCAUGGGGGCCUUUGAGAACGUCAGCCUGGACAUGUGUGCUAUUGUGGACAGGUGUGUUCCCAACCACUGUGAGCAUGCGGCUCACUGCUCUCAGACCUGGGACACCUUCACCUGCAACUGUACUGCCACUGGGUACACUGGAGCCACCUGCCACACUUCCAUGUUCCAGCGGUCAUGUGAGGACUACAAGUACCAGGGUAAACCCUCGGGGACGUACUGGAUAGAUCCUGAUGGCAGCGGUCCCAUGCAGGCCUUCCAAGUCACCUGUGACAUGACAGAGGAGAAGGUGUGGACCAGCGUGAAGAACAACUUGGCCCCUCAGACCAGCGUCACCACCACACCUGACAAGGAGGACAAGAUGGUGCUGCAGGUCACCUACAAUGUGACCCAUGAGCAGUUGUUGUGGCUGACCAGCAGUGCUGAGAAGUGUGAGCAACACGUGGCCUACGCCUGCAGAAUGUCCAGGCUGCUCAACACUCCAGACGGUGAAGCGUUGACCUGGUGGGUGGGACAAGCCAAUGACAGACAUUCUUACUGGGGAGGUUCUUCUCCAGGAAUACAGAAGUGUGCUUGUGGAAUACAACACAAUUGUACUGACAACACCCGCUUUUGUAACUGUGAUGCUGACUCACACACCUGGAGGGAAGAUGGCGGCCUGCUGACCUACAAGGAGCACCUACCAGUCCGGCAGGUGGUUGUGGGCGACACCAGCAGACCCGGGUCCGAGGCCAAGCUGACGGUGGGGCCGCUGAGAUGUCAGGGUGAUGGCAAAUACUGGAACGCUGCAUCCUUCUCCAGUCCUGCAGCCUUCCUGCACUUCUCCUCCUUGGCAGCCCAGACCAGCUCGGACAUCUCCUUCUACUUCAAGACCUCCUCCAGCCAUGGAGUCUUCCUGGAACACUCUGGACCUUCUCACCUCCUUCGCAUCCAGCUCACAGGAGGAUCCAUGGUGUCCUUCUCCUUCCUGGUGGGCGGAGAGAGGAUGGAGCUGUCGGUCCGCUCGCCAGCACCACUUCAUGACGACCAGUGGCAUCGCGUGGAGGCGGAGAAGAACGUCAAAGAAGUGUUGCUGCAGCUGGACGGCCGCUACCGAGAGGUCCGGCUCACCCCCCCACAGGGCCACACCAAGCUGGACUUGGACAGCAACCUGUAUAUUGGUGCGUCAGGAGGCCAGAGAAGUUUCCUGGGCUGCAUGCGAGCGCUGCAGGUAAACGGGGUGACUCUGGACCUGGAGGAGAAGGCGGUGGGGGCCUCAGGGGUGAGUCCUGGCUGCCGGGGCCACUGCCAGACCCUGGGCUCCCAGUGCAGGAACGGCGGGAAGUGUGUGGAGAAGUACGACAGAUAUUCCUGCGACUGCACACUCAGCGCCUACGAAGGAGCCUUCUGUACCCAAGACGUGGGAGCCUACUUCGAGACCGGGACCUUGGUGCGCUACGACUUCCGGCCCGAGGCGGCGCCCUCUGUGGCGCGGGAGGGGGAGCGCCUGCCGGGGGUUCCGAUGGAGACCAACCUGACCCACGAGGAGCUGGUCUUCAGCUUCAGCACCUCCAGCGCCCCCUGCAUUCUGGUCUACGUCAGCUCCAGGACUCUGGACUACCUGGCUGUGGUGCUCACAGACAACGGCACGCUGCAGGUGCGCUACAGACUGGGAGGUCCCCCAGAAGCCUUCAUCAUAAACGUGGAUGAUCAUCAUCAUCCUCAGCGGCGUGUGAACGACGGCCAACCUCACACGCUCAACUUGACACGGCACCUGCGUCACGUCCACCUGCAGUUGGACCACUACCCCGCAAGCAGCUACUUCCUGCCUGACUCAUCCCACACAGAAUUCAACUUACUUAAAAGUCUCUUUCUUGGAAAAGUAUUUGAGACGGGUGAGAUGGAUGGCAUCCUGAUUGAGCGCUACAACAGUCCAGGCUUUGUGGGCUGCAUGUCCAGGGUGAGCUUCAAGUCCAGGGUGAGCUUCCAGCAGGUGUCUCCUCUUAAAGCUGCACUACGUCAACAUCAGCUGUCACCUGUCAGCACCUUGGGCAUCUUGGUGCCUUCUAACUGUGGUGCGUCUCCUCGCACCCUCUCACCCCUCACACCCAGCGACCCCUGGCACCUGCAACCAGGUGGAGGUGUGUUGACGUGGAGUGAGGACAGGUCCAGCAGGAACAAGGUCCACCACAACUCUGCUCUGAUUGCAGGUGUGGUUGCCAUGGUGAUUUUGGGGGUGUUGUGCCUCCUGGUGCUGGUGGUGCGUCACAUGUUCCGACACAAAGGUUCCUACCACACCAACGAGGCCAAAGGGGCGGAGUCAGCGGACUGCGCCGACGCCGCCAUCAUCGUCAACGACCCCGCCUUCACCGAGAGCAUCGACGAGAGCAAGAAGGAGUGGUUCAUCUAG